AUGGCGGCCGUCCUGUGUAGCCUCCUCAGAAAAAGCAGACUACGACGACUCGCCAUCAGAUUUCCUGCCCACACCGGAGCUCCUUACAGGAUCCGGGAACGGACGACUCCUUCAUAUAGUCAGAGCACUUCGACCCCGGCUCCACCGAUAUUCGACGGCAAGCCACUUAAGGCAUUGGCUACCACCGUCACUAACAAAGAGCCUGAAGUGCGGACCGAACCUUUGACUGUCAAUGAGUUAUUCGGCAUUGAGAAAAAUUAUACGAAAAUUGUGGUCUAUACUAUACGAGUAACAAGUGUAUGGGGUAUACUGAUGAUAAGUCUCUUCGCAUUAGCUUGGCUUUGGUGGAGGAAUGGAGCUGACAUUAUGAAAGGAUUGUAUUUAAGUCUCCUACUGUCUUUACCAGUUACUAUUAUUUGUUUGAUGAGUCUUACAUUCAACAUAUUUAUAAGAAUUUUAAGGGACAAAUUGCACAAGAUGAACAUAGCAAUGAGUGAAGUACGUCAGCUACCAAAUGAAGAUGAUAUUAACAUAAAGUAUAAGAUGCAACCACAAAGGGCACGUAAGCUUGUAUUUGUAAGAGAUUAUUAUAAUCAGAAACAUUAUCUUCAGCACUUUCUCCAAAUUACAAGGCAAGUGCAUUUUGAAAUUGUAAAAAUUUCGCGCGAACUUAACCACAUAUAUGGUUAUCAACUUCUGCUGGAACUAGCGAUGCAAUUUACGAUAAUAAUAAGUACACUUUAUAAUGUAUAUUUCGAAAUAAUAUCAUCGCAGAAUGUGACAGAAAUUUUUCAUUCGAAAAUAGCUGUAUCAGCGAUGUGGUGGGCUCUUAUAAGUUCUGCUAAAGUUAUUACCACAAAUCAUCACUGCACUUGUUUCCAUCGUGAGGCAGCAGUAACGGCAGAAACGCUUCAAGAAUUGGCAACAUCUUGUUCAUACAAUUGCAUCAAAGAUGAGAUUAGACAUUAUUGUUAUGCAAUAGAAAAGAUAUUUACUAGUACAAAUAUGAUUAUUAGUACAAGUGUGGAUAUUGCAGAAUUGACAAGUAACCGCGGUGAUUAG